AAGUCUUUUGGAAGUGAUGCUAUUGAAUGUACUUUUGUCUCUCACUAGAUAUGGAUAACAGGAAGGAUGAAAAAAGUAGGACACUGUGUGCAACUUCACAAGAAGGGCUGAAAGUCCGAGAAAAAGAAAAAAGGAAACGAAAACGCAGUAGAAGCAGAUCAUCGUCCAUUUCAUCCACAUCGUCUUCUAGCACUACAUCCACUUCUUCCUCAUCACGCUCAUCAUCAAGGUCGUCUUCUUCAAGUAGCAGAGAUUCUCCUAAGUCUAAAUCAAAGAAAAAGAAAAAAGAAAAACACAGCAAAAAGGUUGCUAACCCUGCUGCAUUACUUCCUGUGUACUUCAGAGAGUACCUCUUCAGCAGUGGUAAGGGCAAGCGGUAG